GUUAAUAUCGAAUCCCCGCUCAUAUUCUAACAGUGUUCUUCAUUAGCUUUUUCAUAAACGAGCCCAGUUCUCAAUCCUAUGCCUCUACUGAUUUUGCCUGCAAUUGCUCUUUCACUAUUUUCAUCGGAAGCUGCUGAAUCUGAGAGGAGACUUUUUUGUUACUUCGCUCAGCUCUCCGGGCAAAAACAAACAUAUACAUGUUUGCAAGUUAUGCAUCACGCAGCUACUUACGGUCUUCCGCCUCUCUCACAGUGUUUCCUGUUCAACAACGAAUUAUACCCAUUGCAGAAAUUCUGUCAAAAACUUCUGUGCACAUUCCAAAUUGAUUUACUGAUGGUAGUGGCUCGACAACUACAAUUAUUUCUGAAUUCAUUUGGGAAAAAUCAUCCUGGAGAAGUUCUAACAAUAUGCGUGCAAGUCUAUCAAUUUUGUCCUACGUAGAAAAGGAACACAUCUUUCCACCGGGUAUUGGCGGAAACAUAAAAGAAACUCAAGCUUCUAAGUACUAAUGAGGUAGAAAUGGAAGCAGCGGUUGUGAUAUCUGAAUCUUCUAAGCACAAGGCUGAAGCUAGAAGAUUGAGUCCCCCAAAGUAUCUGUAGUUGAGGAUUGAGAUUACUUAUAUUCUCUGACUUCUAAAUUGAUGUGAUUAUAAUAUUAUGCAGCUUAGAUUAUGCUUCCUUCCUUACAAUUCUGAUUGUCUUUUUUUUGCACUAACUUAUGUUUUCCAAAGUCAGGAAGUAUCAACCUUUUUUGGGGAUCUUUUGCUACUGAAAAAGAAAACCUUUUUGGGUUCUCAAUUGAAUGCUAAAGUCUCAUUCCCCCUA